AUGGAGAAGUUGACGAGGGCCUUUGCUUCUUCGUCCCUCGUUUCGAGCUUUCCCGUUCCGCCACCCGCGUUCAUGGCGGUCCCCCGAGUAAGGGUACGAGGUGUCAUGGCGCUCUUCCUGGCGGUCUCGAUCCUAUGGGCCCUGAUUUGGCUUUUGUACCGCGCGUGGCAGGUCUGUCAGACCUCUAACGACGUUCUGGUUGAGAAACUCGGUCUUGAUAUUCCACCGCCUCCGGAGGUCACUUUGGAGGAGAUCACGGCCCGUGAGAUUCGCCUUGCGUGGAAACAGCCAGAUUUCCAUAACUCAAUACAUAAGCAUAUCAUUCAAGUGAACAAUGUGAAAGUGGGCGAGUCGAAACGAGCAGAAACGGCGGUAGAAAUUUUGAAUCUCAUACCCGGGAGCAUCUAUCAUAUUUGUGUACUUUCUGUCAGCGCUGCCAAUUUUCAGACGCCCAGUGCGAUUCUUCAUGUGCGAACGAAACCUCUUCCGCUCUCGCAAGCUCAACAGAAUGGCACCGUCAGAGGACCAACACUCCGAGCCUCAAUCCCUCGAUCUACCGCGGGACUUCCCACGCCGUCCGCCCCAGUGAUGUCCCGUGAACAUAGCGCAGGCCAGUUACCGGGCAAGCGGCCAUCGGCAGGACGCAAAAUAUCACCUGCGACAGGGACAACAGACAUUCCACACAGCCAUUCAGAUGAAUCACAGAGAACUGUCGCGAAGAGUGACAGAGAUGAAACCUUGGAACAACUAGCCGAUCGACUCAAGUCCCUACAGCAAGAAAACGACAAUGUGGAAAAACAGGCGACGGAUGAAGAGGAGGAGCAUAUUGCAUUAUUGAAGGAUCUUGAGAAGCAGCGCGGUGAAUUGAGAAAACGUGUAAAGGAGAAGGACGAGGCUAGCGGCGAUUUGAAAAAGCAUGUUUACAAGCUGGAAAGUGUCAACCGCACGGUGCAAGGGGAGAAGUCGAAGCGCGUGAGGCUUCUUCAGCAGAAGGAGGCGGAGCGCAAGAAGCGCAGAAACGAUAUACUGCGAUGGCAAGAGAAGAUGACACGCAUGGCCACCGACGUCACGCAGGCGAAGGAGGACAAAACCCGGCUUGAAGAAGAUGGAAAGACACGGGCGGAUGAAGUCCGAGAGAAGAUCGCAAAGGAACAGGGGGAGAUGAAGACCAUCGACGAUGACAUUCAGGACAAAGGAGGCCGAAUCAAGAAGCUCGAAGAGGAAAGACAAGGGCUCCAGGGGGGUGACAGUGAAGAUGGCAAAGAGCUGGAUCGAAUCGACAACGAGCGAGCCCGGCAAUGGGAGCUCAAGCUCAGCAGUCUGCACGCACGAUAUGCGACUUUGGUGAAUAUUCAUGCACAGGCCCAGCAGCAGUAUAAGGAAGCCCAGGAACGCCUGAAGUGGCUUACGACCCAGCGACCUGGCAGCUCGGGACCCUUCUCAUUGCCGGCGUUGGACCUUGAUAUGUCAAACACUGCAACGAUUCGGCCUCGUCGCCAUCGCAGCUCCCUUGUCAGCAAUGUCUCGUCGCCGGUGAACUUUCCUGGUGUCGAAUCUUCGUUCCCUGGUGGAAUCAACUACAACCCACCCUCCACGCAUUCGCCCCCAUUUGCCCCUAGCUCUGCAUUCUUCAACAUCAACAACGGCAUGACACUUCCUGGUCUCUCCGAACCUCCAGAGAUUAUGCGCUCAGAUAUAGAGGCCUCUUUCAGCAAUCCUCAAAUGAGCCCUCGUGCCGAUGCGCUUUUGCCAUCCGAUCUUCUUGGUGAUGAGGAGUCUCCCGAAUUCCCGCGGCCGGUAAAUCGUCCACGCUUUGCCUCCAUCGAAACAUCGAACCCCGCUCUGGAUAGUUUUGGCCACGGCCCGGUGUCACCAGUUUCUUCAGGAAGUCGGCCUGGCAGCAUCUUUGCUAGUCCUUUGGAGACACAGACGCGGCAAGAGUCGGAUGCGCAGGCAGUUCACUUGUCCGCUGCCGGGGAGGCACCGAAGAGUGCGUCUCGGAGACUCUCUGGACUCUUUGGCUUUCAUCGGCCUCGCGGAAAGACCUUGGCAGAUGAACCGCCUGGCUUGGGUACCUUGAAACCAGGACAGAGCCAAUCUUUCCCGCGCAAUGUCGAUGAGAUGGACCCGAUCGGUUCGCGGCGUCGGAGAUUGAGCCAUACUGGCAAUUGGGCAAAUCCGAUGUCAUUGUUUCCUCGCAGCAACACGACCGAUGUGACCACAGACAGUUCCUCCGACCACGCACCUUCACGUCGCGCCGCUUUCUCCAGCAUCUUCUCGUCCAGCAGAUUUGGCUUUGGCGGUACUGCGGCCCGUGCAAACUCGGAUCUCAGCACUGGAUAUAAUCAAUUCAGUCCACGGCACGACCCUAUUGAUCCAGCUUCGCUUCUUGGCGGCGUGCGACGCGGCUCUGUGUCCCCGCGACCGUCGUCGACGUUCUCCUUCGAGAAUCAAAACCAGCUUCCUCACCCUUCGACGGACAACCGGCAUUUCGGAUGGCCGACGACCGAGAACAGCGCGCACCGAAAUAGCCCGCUUGGGCUCGAUUGGGCCUCGCCAUCGACGUGGUCCAGAGCUCCGUCUCGCCGACCAUCGAUUCAAUACGGAUCGUCGGGUCAUCUCCCCCUGGGGCUGACCGGUGGGCCUGACAUCGUCGAGGACUCGUAUGACCGCCAUCACCGUCCGCUGCAGGCCCCCAUUGGUACGCGUCCAUCGUCAUCCCAUCGCCCUGUCACUCCGAAGCUAAAUCCCGCUGCCCCGUCAUUUAAGACAAUCUUUACUGGCAAAAAGUCAGACAAAGAUAAAGGCAAAGACAAGGAACCCGACGUCCCCUUUGAUCUCCACGUGGAUGACGGGUCUCCGUCCGAGCCUCGCACAUCCCGUGACUCUCGCUCGCUUUCCCACUUCACCGGAGAAUCGUACGAAUCGCUAGAGCGCAUGCCCUCAGGCACUUCCGACAACGCGUCCAAGGAAUCGUUCAUUCGCAAGAUCACGCGCAAGGGCAGCUCCAGCAAGUUCAGCUCCUGGAAGGAUCGCUCGGGCCUCUUCUCCAAAAAGGCCGACUCCUCACAGGGCGACAUUGACGAGGAUGGCGCCAGCGAGGCCCAGCUGGGGAAGAGUAUCGACAGCACAGUCUCGAGUGUGCCGUCCGCCGACCGCUCCACCCGCAGUAGCCUGGGCUUCUUCUCUCGCAAGUCCCGGAGAUCCGACAAGGCGAGCGAGACCAGCGAACGUGCUAGCGAGACGGGCGAUGAAGAGAUUCUUGAGGAGCCUGCCAAAUGA